AUGUCGAUUUCUUCUUCAACUAUCAUGGAUAUAGAAACAUCUCUUACGACUGCCAUAGAUAAAGAGACAUUCAGAAUUCUAAGAAGCUCUGAUGGGAAAGAAUUCAACGUCUCCAAAUCCAUCGUUAUGCAAUCAUCGCUCCUUGCAAAUUUACUCGAUUUAGAAAAAGAUGACAUAAUUUCACUCCCUAAAGAAGAAGGCAAAAUCGACGUAAUCCCACUCCCUGAAGUCGACGGAAUAACCCUCGAAAGGGUAAUUGGUUUUCUGAAGAUAUACUUAGAAGAAUCGUUUCAACAAUUCAACGAUGAAGAAAAGAAAAAACAAUGCGAUGAUUUCUUUGUUAAAUUUAAUAUCUAUGAUUUCCUUGCCCUUGCCUCUGCCGCAAAUUAUUUGGGAGUUCAAGUGGUUCUAGACGAGGCUUGUCAGAGAUCAGCCGACUUAAUGAAGAACAAAAGUGUGCCAUGA